GGCGUGGCAGGAGCGGAAUUUUGGUCCGUUCUGUUUUCCGUAUUAGAAGCUAUAUACACAAGAUGGCUGGCAUAGAGUACCCCACAGAAACAGGUGAGAGUGUGAGGGCACCUAUCUAUCAAACGGACCAUGACCAUGGCGACCUGGAAGGGGCUGACACUGUGGAGAUGGUGAUAUGGUUGAGGGACAAGACCGGGCUUCACUUGGAGCUCCAAGGAAAUGGUCACCAGGCCAAGGUUUCAGAGCUUUUCGAGAAGAUUCGGGAGGCACGGAAACUACCACAAUAUGCUAAUAAAAUUUUCUCAUUGUGGAUGAUGUCCCCAUUGUUAGAAUUUCGACUGAAAGAUGACCACCAACCAUUCGAGAUUGCCCAACUUUGGGACAGGUUUUGUAUGGAGUAUGCAGAUAGCACAAGAGAUUAUAUUGCCAGAGAUGAACCGGUUGUGAUGGUCCAGAGGAAUGUUUUUCUCUCACUGAAGGACGAGAAACUUUUCUGGAACACCGCUCCAGAGGAGGUGAUGGCUCUCCUGUACCAUGAGGCUCGGAACAAUAUCAUAAACGGUCGAUACCUGGUAUCUGAUUCAGAUUAUGACUUUCUGGCAGGUAUUCAGGCCCUGAUGGAAAAAGGACCAUUCAGUCGAAGUGUGGAGUCCUACAGGGAUGACAUUAAGAACUACUACCCCCAAUAUCUAUUCAAGAAUAAGAAAUUACGGGGACGGAAGCCUGUCACGGCUGAGCGACUAAAGGACGCUCAUCAGUUAGCAUUUAACGGUACGGGAGACAUGACCAAACAACAGCUGUACUGCCAUUAUCUCACCACCUGUGCCAAGUAUCCGUUCUAUGGAUGUGCUUUCUUUGAUGCCAUCCUUCAAAAGCCUACAGGGAGUAUCAGUAACAUGGUGAAUCGUUCACUGGCACGAGGAUUCCCAGAACGGGAUGUAACUGUGACCAUCAACACAGAAGGUCUUUGUGUAAUUGAUGAUCACGAAAAGGAGGUGUUACUUGUGGUGCCAUAUGAACAGCUGUCCUGGGAUCUCCCAGAUAAACAGGAACGUGGUAAGAUGCCCACUCUCUAUGUCCAGUUCCUGGUCAAGGAAGACAAAUCCACUCGUGUCCUACAGAUUUAUUCUAAACAGGCUACCUUUAUGGACGCCCUGGUAGACACGUGUGUAAAUAAGAAACACCAGGAAAAGUCCUACGACACGUCAGAAGAUAAAAAUGAAGGGUUCUGUAAUUGUUUACCCAACAAGCUUGACCGGAUGUGUCUGAAGAAGUACUCUCUGUCUGGUCAGUGUUUGGAUAAUUGAGUGGACUUGUGCUCACCACUUUGGAAGUGGAAGACUUUUUACCAUUAAUACUCCAGCUGAGCACAUGGUAGUGUAGAUGAACGUCUCUGCCAUUUGUCCAGAGGAAAGAUAAGGAACAAUGGCAGAGGUACGUUUAUUGGUGGAGGACGAACCAGCUCUGGAAAAGAUUGUUACAUUUUCAAAACUCACCUGAGAUACAUUAUUUUAGAGGUAAAGUGAACAUUUGGCCAAUAAAUGAGACUGCAGGCCUCUCACAAUACUCCGUGAGGGAAAUUCUCCUUAUCAGCGAGGAGAUAGAAGGGUGGCAUACAUGAGAGCAGUGCUGGUUUUUUGAUAACCAGCUGGUCCUAUAGUGACCUGGAGGAAAAGAAAAUGUCUUACAAAACAGAGAGCAUCAGACAUUGGCCAUGUUAUGUUUAUUUACUGUUACCAAUCAGAGGUAGUUAACACCUGUUGGUAACCUGUCAGUACUGUUAUAGGAUAAAAAAAACCUAAGCAGUUUCUGAGUGGAAAACAUUGAGUUCAAGCAGUAUUUAACAGCACUUUUGUCAGUUUCAUAAGGUUUGUGAUGUUUUGAUAGAAAUGUUAAACUACUUAUACUUUUAAUGUUGAUGAAUGCAUAAAUAGGGUUGUUAAAUUGUUAUUUUUGCAACACAGGGAAAGGUAAAAUAAUGUUGAUACAAAUUUUUAAGUUUUUUCAUAGUGGUAAUGAUUGAUUUCUGAUACCUAACAAAUGUCAGUAAUAUGUGUUCAUAAUAUUAUAAAUAAAUGUUAUGUAAAAAUGACUGUAGGCUUUACUUCAGACAUAUCUGUGCCAUUAUAUCGUUGCCACUAUAUUUUGUCAUUUAUAUAAAUCAUAUAUAUAUAUACAUAUCGCAAGGACAGAUUUCAAUUUCUUAUAUACAUGUAUAUAUAUUCAUGUAUGCAUAAUACCGGUCCACUGUGUAGAAUAUUUAUACAGAAUCAUGUUGUGACAUUAGAGAAUGCUGUAUUUUUGUUAUUGUUAUUUUGUGCGUUGUUAUGAGGCAGGUGGGGGUGGGGGGUGGACAGUUGAUGUUUGCUGGAUUAGGGGGAAAUUGACAUGAUUUUUGUUAAGCUAUCCAUUAGAUCGAGUAUCAUCAGUAAUGGACCUUACACAUACCUAUUUGUUACUACGACGUCGUAGUAUUAUCUAAAUAAAACAUAUGUUGUGUAUACCGCUACAUUGUAGUAUUAUCUGACUAAAACGUCGUAGUUUUAUCUACUAGUAAAUAAACAUAUCUAGUUCUACUAUGUUGUAGAGACUAUCUAUUAGGCCUACCACUUGAUAGGCUAGUAUUACACAUUGUCGAUAACCUACAUGUAUGGACUGUUGGUUACCGACGAUGAUUAUUAUGUUAUUAUGAUGUUAUCAGACAUACUAUACAUGUAAGUCUACUUACUAUAAGUGAUAUUUACUGAACUAUAACACAAUAAGUGUAUUGUAUUGACAUUUCAUUACUGUUUGUAGUGUGUUUUGUUUCUUAUGUGACAUUCCUUAAACACAUAUCAAUUUUACAUUGUUAUUUGAUUACUUCUCUGUAUCAAUCAGCUAUUCCUGUGUUAAGUUAUUUACUUUUAAAUCUCUGUCAUUCCUGUCUGGGCCUUGGUUUAUUAUGUGUAUGACGUUACAUCUCUGUCAUUCCUGUCUGGGCCUUGGUUUAUUAUGUGUAUGACGUUACAUCUCUGUCAUUCCUGUCUGGGCCUCGGUUUAUUAUGUGUAUGACGUUACAUCUCUGUCAUUCCUGUCUGGGCCUUGGUUUGUUAUGUGUAUGACGUUACAUCUCUGUCAUUCCUGUCUGGGCCUUGGUUUAUUAUGUGUAUGACGUUACAUCUCUGUCAUUCCUGUCUGGGCCUUGGUUUAUUAUGUGUAUGACGUUACAUCUCUGUCAUUCCUGUCUGAGCCUUGGUUUAUUAUGUGUAUGACGUUACAUCUCUGUCAUCCUGUCUUGGUCUUAGUUUAUUGUGUGUAUGACUUUACAUCUCUGUCAUUCCAGUCUGGGCCUUGGUUUAUUAUGUGUAUGACGUUACAUCUCUGUCAUUUCUGUCUGGGCCUUGGUUUAUUAUGUGUAUGACGUUACAUCUCUGUCAUUCCUGUCUGGGCCUUGGUUUAUUAUGUGUAUGACGUUACAUCUCUGUCAUUCCUGUCUGGGCCUUGGUUUAUUAUGUGUAUGACGUUACAUCUCUGUCAUUCCUGUCUGAGCCUUGGUUUAUUAUGUGUAUGACGUUACAUCUCUGUCAUCCUGUCUUGGUCUUAGUUUAUUGUGUGUAUGACUUUACAUCUCUGUCAUUCCAGUCUGGGCCUUGGUUUAUUAUGUGUAUGACGUUACAUCUCUGUCAUUUCUGUCUGAGUCUUGGUUUAUUAUGUGUAUGACGUUACAUCUCUGUCAUUCCUGUCUGAGUCUUGGUUUAUUAUGUGUAUGACGUUACAUCUCUGUCAUCCUGUCUUGGUCUUAGUUUAUUGUGUGUAUGACGUUACAUCUCUGUCAUUCCUGUCUGGGCCUGGUUUAUUGUGUGUAUGACGUUACAUCUCUGUCAUUCCUGUCUGGGCCUGGUUUAUUAUGUGUAUGACGUUACAUCUCUGUCAUUCCUGUCUGAGUCUUGGUUUAUUAUGUGUAUGACGUUACAUCUCUGUCAUCCUGUCUUGGUCUUAGUUUAUUGUGUGUAUGACGUUACAUCUCUGUCAUUCCUGUCUGGGCCUGGUUUAUUGUGUGUAUGACGUUACAUCUCUGUCAUUCCUGUCUGGGCCUGGUUUAUUAUGUGUAUGACGUUACAUCUCUGUCAUUCCUGUCUGGGCCUUGGUUUAUUAUGUGUAUGACGUUACAUCUCGGUCAUUCCUGUCUGGGCCUUGGUUUAUUGUGUGUAUGACGUUACAUCUCUGUCAUUCCUGUCUGGGCCGCGGUUUAUUAUGUGUAUGACGUUACAUCUCUGUCAUUCCUGUCUGGGCCUCGGUUUAUUGUGUGUAUGACGUUACAUCUCUGUCAUUCCUGUCUGGGCCUCGGUUUAUUGUGUGUAUGACGUUACAUCUCUGUCAUUCCUGUCUGGGCCUGGUUUAUUAUGUGUAUGACGUUACAUCUCUGUCAUUCCUGUCUGGGCCUUGGUUUAUUAUGUGUAUGACGUUACAUCUCUGUCAUUCCUGUCUGGGCCUUGGUUUAUUAUGUGUAUGACGUUACAUCUCUGUCAUUCCUGUCUGGGCCUUGGUUUAUUAUGUGUAUGACGUUACAUCUCUGUCAUUCCUGUCUGGGCCUUGGUUUAUUAUGUGUAUGACGUUACAUCUCUGUCAUUCCUGUCUGGGCCUUGGUUUAUUAUGUGUAUGACGUUACAUUUCUGUCAUGGUUACAGAAAAGUUUUUGGUGUUCUAGUAUAUUUUUACAAUGAAUAUUUAAUAUUGGGAGAAAUAUUGUUGUUACAUAUCAGAACUGAUUUUUACAUAUCAAGAUAAAGUAC